GUGAUCAUCGUCGGUGUUGGUAACUGCACAUUUCAGAUCAAAGAAAGAUUUUGUUAGAAUGGAUAUUCCACAUGAAGCAGAAGCUGGAGCUUGGGGGAUUCUCCCUGGAUUUGGUCGUCACCAUCAUCCCUCUAGUGAUGCUACUUUGUUCUCCAGUUCUUUACCUGUUUUUCCCCGCGGAAAACUGCAAUUGAGUGAUAACAGAGAUGGUUUCUCGCUGAUAGACGAUACGGCUGUUUCUCGCCCAAACAAGUUUAACGAAAGUGCUGAUGACUUUGAAUCUCAUUCCAUUGGAAACCUACUCCCUGAUGAAGAGGAUCUUUUGACUGGGAUGAUGGAUGAUCUUGACCUGGGCGAGUUACCAGAUACUGAUUUUGAUCUUUUUGGUAGUGGAGGAGGAAUGGAACUUGACACUGAUUUUCGAGACAACUUGAGCAUGAGUGGUCCUCCAAGGCUAUCCCUUUCAAGUCUUGGUGGAAAUGCAAUUCCGCAAUUCAAUAUUCCAAAUGGUGCGGGAACAGUUGCUGGUGAGCAUCCUUAUGGAGAGCAUCCCUCGAGAACUUUGUUUGUCCGGAAUAUUAACAGCAAUGUAGAGGACUCUGAACUCACGGCUCUCUUUGAGCAAUACGGUGACAUUAGAACGCUCUAUACUACUUGUAAGCAUAGGGGAUUUGUCAUGAUAUCUUAUUAUGACAUUCGUUCAGCUCGAAUGGCUAUGCGGUCUUUACAGAAUAAGCCAUUAAGACGGCGAAAAUUGGACAUUCACUUCUCAAUUCCUAAGGAUAAUCCAUCUGAGAAAGAUAUGAAUCAGGGGACAUUAGUGGUUUUUAACCUGGAUCCUUCAAUCUCUAAUGAUGACUUGCAUGGAAUUUUUGGUGUUCAUGGCGAGAUCAAAGAGAUAAGGGAAACACCACAUAAGAGGCAUCACAAAUUCGUGGAGUUUUAUGAUGUCAGAGGUGCUGAAGCCGCAUUGAAGGCAUUAAACAGGUGUGAGAUUGCAGGGAAACGUAUAAAGGUUGAACCUAGUCGCCCUGGAGGAGCUCGUCGAAGCCUGAUGUUGCAACUUAACCAAGAACUUGAAAACGAUGAUUUGCAUUACCUACCUAUGAUUGGUUCACCCAUGGCAAACUCUCCCCCAAGUAACUGGGUGCUGAACAGUCCUGUGGAAGGUAGUCCGCUUCAAAGUGUACUUAGUAGGUCACCUGUUUUCGGGUUAAGUCCUACAAGGAACGGCCACUUGUCUGGUUUGGCUUCUGCUCUAAAUUCACAAGGACCAAGCUCGAAGCUUGCACCCAUUGGAAGGGGUCAAAUUGGUAGCAACGGCUUCCAACAGUCAUCACAUUUAUUCCAAGAGCCUAAGCUGGAUAAGAAGUACACAGGAAAUCUCUCCCCUUCUGGUCCUUUGAUCUCAAAUGGAGGUGGAAUUGAGACGUUGUCGGGUUCAGAGUUUCUCUGGGGAAGUCCUAACUCACGCUCUGAACCUUCAAGUUCCUCGGUUUGGUCAACAUCAUCCACUGGGAAUCCACUCUUCUCAUCUCGGUUAGACCGAUCUGUUCCAUUUCCGCAUCAGCAUCAAAAUCAAAGUCGUAGCCAUCAUCACUUCCAUGUUGGGUCUGCACCAUCUGGUGUUCCUCUAGAAAAGCAUUUUGGAUUCGUCCCAGAGUCUUCAAAGGACACUUUGUUCAUGAACAAUGUUGGUCUUCAAGGAAUGAGUGGAAUGGGUCUCAACGGUGGAAGUUUCUCGUCAAAAAUGGCAAAUAAUGGGAUCAUUAACCCUGGAAGCAUGGCCGAAAACGGUUUUUUCAAGUUACAGAAUGAUGUCUUCACCAAGAUUCAGCCCCAUGUUCUUAAGCAGCGGCCUCGUAGAGUCGAGAACAAUUCAAACCAGGUUGAAAGCAGGAAACAGUUUCAACUUGAUUUGGACAAAAUUCUUAAUGGAGAGGAUUCUCGGACUACCUUGAUGAUUAAAAACAUUCCAAACAAAUACACCUCAAAGAUGUUGUUAGCUGCAAUUGAUGAAAAGAACCAAGGAACUUACAACUUUCUCUAUUUGCCCAUUGAUUUCAAGAACAAAUGCAAUGUUGGCUAUGCAUUCAUCAACAUGCUCACUCCAGAACUCAUCAUUCCAUUUUACGAGGCUUUUAACGGGAAGAAGUGGGAGAAGUUCAACAGUGAGAAAGUAGCUUCAUUGGCAUAUGCUCGGAUACAAGGAAAAACUGCCCUUAUAGCCCAUUUUCAGAACUCAAGCUUGAUGAAUGAAGAUAUGCGCUGCCGCCCAAUUAUAUUCGAUGCUCCUAGCAAUCCAGACUCUGUUGAACAGGUUGUCGUUGAGGAAACUAAGAAUGUGGAUCUUCUUGACUCUGAGCUCAGUGAUGAUGGCAGAGAGAAAAGCUGACACAAGAGUUGAGAAGACUCAGUGUUGUGAUAAUGCUGUUUUUUUCUUUCUAAGUACUAAUUUUUAACCGUACAUAUUGGUGAAAGGCAGAGUUAACUGAUGCAUGCAGGACCCUGCGGAAGUGUGUUUUCGAAUUGCAGGUUUUAAAUGCUGCCUGCAGCUGUGAAAGUAUUUAC